AUGGCGGAUGAGAUCGAGCGAGCCCCGAUGACUGAAGUCGAAGUGCCGGCUGACCAGGCCGUGAACCGGGUCGCUAUCGGCCCCCAGAGCUCGGAGAUCAGCCCCUUUUCAUCCGGCCUCCGGAGGCUUCAGUUCGGGAAGUGGAAGGAGGGCGAUUCGGAGUUUGCCGGCCGGGCUAAGAUCGCUUCUUUUCGUGCCAGUGUGGCGCAGGUUCAGUGGUUGGCCCGGGAAUCGCGUCCAGACGUGGCGGGACCCGCGUCUUUACUUGCUGCUGCCCUCCGGGAGCCCACCGUAGCCGACGCCAUGGUGCUCACCUGUAAGUUUCUCCGGGGAUCGGCCGAGCAAAGAAUCACCGUGUGGGCCCUGGAUCCGGUGUCCGUUGUGUUCGUGACCGCUAGUGACAUCCGGGAGACCUACGGCGAGGCCUGGCGGCACGGCGACCACGGCGACAAUGGCCGCGACCACGGCGACGCUGGCCCGAGGAGCCCCUUCGGGUACGGCCGGGCAGGCCGGAAGGAUGUGGCUCAGUCGAUGCAGAACGCGUGGACGUUCCGUUCCCGCAGCAUGCUGUGUCGGAGAGAGGAGGCCGGGGAGUGCACGCCCGCGGCGGGCAGCCGCGACGGCGCGUGGGAGGCAGGCGCAGGGCGCCGCCGCGGGGGGCCGGGCUGCUGCUGCGGCGGCCUGUUCGGGGGCGGCCUGCGGCAGGCGCUGCUGGAGGAGCAGCUCGCGCACCUGCGGAAGCAGGUCGCGGACCUCCAGCAGCGCCGCGGGCUCCUGCAGGACGCGGUGGACCAGCACGGGAUGUGGCUGCGGCAGAUGCCGCUGCAGUUCACCGUGGGCCACUACAACAUCCUAGCAGGCUAUAUGGGCGCGAACAUGGAGCCCUGGUUCCUCUACGGCCCUGAUCUCCGCCCCAGCCGCCGGAGGAAGGUGCUCGAGCAGCACGCCGCCGUGGGCAGGGACGGCCGCCCGGCGCACCCGGGCUGGCCGAACUACGCCCGGGGGGUGCUGACCGACGAGGACCGAGAUCGCCGUGGUGGAGGACGUGCACCGGCUGCACUUCGAGUGGAGCGCCCGCAAGGAGACCGCCUGCUGGAAGUGAUAGAGAGGCUCAACACGGACGUGCUCUCUCUGGUGGAGUGCGACCACUACGAGGACCACUUCAGGCCCGCCCUCGUCUCCCUGGGCUACGAGUCUGUCUGGAGGAAGCGUCCGCGUCCGACCAGCAAGGACGGUUGCUGCAUCGCCUGGCGAAGGAAUAUGUUCGACCUGGUCGGUGAACGGAAGAUCGAGUACCGGGACAAGCGGGACAUCAAGGACCGCAUCGCCCUCGCGGUGCUGCUCCGCGUGCGCCUCAACGGGGCGAUGCUGUGCGUCGUCAGCACGCACCUGGCGCGCAACCCGGAGAUGAUCGAGCUGGACUACCUGCGCACGCGCCAGCUGCUGCAGCUGGUGGAGACGAUUUCGUCCAGGCCCACGGAGCGGUUGACGCUCCAGUCAUCGUGGCAGGGGACCUGA